AUGAAAUCCACCUUCUUCCUGUCAACUCUGACUUCUCUAUCUCUAGCGUCAGCCAACUACCUCCGAGCUGCUGGGGAGUAUGAGGAUUUCCAGUUUCUAAUGCUCAACAUUUCCGUGGGAAAUCCCGCCGUACAAGUGUCAAUCGAGGUUGAUACCGGCUCUUCCGAAACUUGGUUCAAUCCUCUCUCCACUGGCUUCAAACCCGAGUCCUCGGCCUCGUAUGUCAACACCUCCGUUCCUAUGCAUCUGGAGUACGCGGAUGGUAGAAAGUUUGAUGGCUUCAUGGCCAAGGAGAGACUAAUUAUUGCUGGAGGAAUCAUCAGUGACGCUAACAUUGGAGUGGCAGAGUACCCCCAUCCUACCCAUCCCAGACAUCGCCCUCAGACAGGAUUCAUGGGCUUGGGUCUUGAGGAAGGAGAGAUGGUGAAUCCCAGAUACCCCAAUCUUCUCUCUCAGAUGCGAAGUCAGGGAAUCAUUCGGCGACGGUCCUUCGGUGUCUACAUUGAUGCAAACCAAAGAGCAGAAGUGCUUUUUGGAGGCUAUGACCAGGACCGAAUCAAGGGUGAGCUCAGGUUCACCAAGAUGGUCAACAACCGACUCAACCGAAUCAAGGACUCCCCCAAGCCCUACGAAUACGAUACACUCAUCACUUCUAUCAUGCGAAAUGGAAAGGACAUCCUCAGACGUCCCGGAUCUCGUCCCAAAUGUGUGGAGACCUUUGAUGCCCAUUUUGACACGGGUUACACCUUGAUUACUGUUCCUCGGCAUGUUUUUGACGUCAUCCAAGCAGACUUUGGAGCUCAGAAUAUUCAACAAGAAGGAUUCGCUGAUUAUCAAAUGGAUUGCAAUGUUCCUGCUAGCAACUUCAAGUAUACUUUUGAUUUCAACGGCGUCUCUGUCGACGUGCCAGCCAAAGCCCUGAUGAUGCCGGUGGAGCAGCAUUCAGACGACAAAUGUCGACUGUUGAUUGCACCUUCGCUGAACAGCAAGACCGAUAACCGUCUUGUAAUGGGUCUUCCCUUCUUCCGAGCCGCCUAUGUGUACUUUGACCCUGAGGACUACCGCAUUGGUCUGGCUGAACAGAACAUACAUGCCACUGGCGAUCCUCAUAUUGUCACCGCGGGCCCUUCCUAUGGUCCUUCCUGCUGGAUCAAUGUGAAUGGUCUUCGCAAGUGCAACUGA